AUGGGCGCGCCCGACAGGAAGCAGUAUCGCAGCUCGAGCGAAAAUCACAGCGGGGAGGAGGGGAGCUCCUCGGACGAUGAACGGACCAGGAAGAGGAGGCUACUUGAGAGGAGGCGAUGGAUGAUAGAGAAGGAAAGAGAUGACAUGAUGAAUCGGAGGAGAAGGAGAGAAGAAGAAAGCAUCGAUAGGGAGAAGAGAAGGAGAAACAGAAGAAUGGUAAACAACAGCAGCGAGGAGGAGGACGACGAUGGAGACGACGGAGACGGCGAAAGUGAUAAUAGUGGAGGGGGGAAAAGUACCAGGCGGAGAAGCGGCAGUGGGUACUCUUCCCGAGUGGUGAAUCGAGAACAAAGGAUGAAACAGAAAAGGAGAGUUAGACCAGGGGAAAGUGAAGAGAGGGGGCGCUCCAGUAGCAGCCGAGGAGGGGGAGGAAGUCCCCUGAGGGUGCGACGAAGGAGGGAAAGCCCAGAGAUGCCUCCAACAAGGAGAGACUCGGGAAGUAGUGAAGAAAGAAUCAAAGGCCCGGCGCAUAGGAAUGUGGAAAUGCGGAUGAGGGGUCGGGACAGGUAUGAGAGCCCCGAGAGGAGUUAUCCGGAGAGGAGCUACCCGGAGGAGAGGCAUAGAGAGAGAGAGGAAGAGAGGUACGGAGAGAGAUACGGAGAGAGGUACGGAGAGAGAUACGGAGAGAGAUAUGGAGAAAGACACGGAGAGAGAUACGGAGAGAGACACGGAGAGAGAUACGGAGAGAGAUACGGAGAGAGACGAAUUGAAAGGAGGCUGAGGGAGAGCGAUGACAACGAUGACGAUGAUGAUGAUGGGAGAAAGGGGAAAAGACGGGUCAGUAACGGCCGCGGAAGUAGCGGCGAUAGUGACGUGUACCGCGGGAGGAGGUACAGAAGCCGCAGCAGGAGUGCGCACAUGAGACUGAGGGAAGGGCGCAGCGGGCGUAGUGAACGGGGGAGAAAAAGUCGGUCAAGGAGGCGAAGCAGGUCAAGGAGGAGAAGCAGGUCGAGGAGGCGAAGCAGGUCGAGGAGGCGAAGCAGGUCCAGACGGAGAGGCAGCCCAUCGAGGAGGAGAGGCAGCCCAUCAAGGCGCAGAGACAGCCCAUCAAGGCGCAGAGACAGCCCGUCGAGGGGGCGAAAACACGAGCGAGAUCGCAACAAAACGUAUAAAUUUGAUUCUCCACCCGAGUCGGAAGACGAAGGAGGAAAGAAAAAAGACACCAAUAGUAACCUCCCCAGUAGUGUAAAAAGUGCAGAAGCGAGUAAAGGUGGCGAAGAGGUGAUACCCCAUGCAGCCGCAUACGACAGCGCGAAUAGCACUCAUAAGGGUGCUAUCAGUACUGAUGGUAGAAGUACUAGCCAAGUGAAGACCGAUCAGGGAGCUAGCCAAAGUUACAACUGUAGUAACAUUGACAAUUUAAUUAAAACGUUGAGCAGUAGCAAUAACGUGAUGAGUAGCCUGACGUCCACGCCGAGUAGCAACCUGUUAAGUACGCUAAGUAGCAGUUUGGGUGUGGGGGGGUCUCUUCUGACCGAUGCGUCUAAAUCUAAAGUAGGGAUGAUAAAUAGUGUAACUUUUCAAGAUGGGAAGAAGGUGGUGGGAGAGGAUUUGGGAUUGUCUAACAGUACGGGGUUGUCUAGUGGUGUAGGUGGAUUAGGAUUGAACCCACCACAGCUGAAUAUGAUCCUGGAUGGACAACUGAAAUUGGACAGCCAGACCAUCCAACAGCUGUGCAAAAGUGCACUAGGAAUUAAUGAGCUGUGUUUAUCCUCCCUGGACCCAACUGCGGAGAAGACAGCUCGAGAGCUGUACGUGGGGAACAUCCCACAGCACAUCGACGUGCAGGAAAUUGUAAAAUUUUUAAACAAGUGCCUACUGAUCCUUUACAACAAGGAGAGCGGGAGCGAAGCGGAAAACGGGCAGGGGGACGAGCAGGAAAGGGAAAAGAAACAGGAGCAGGGGAACGAGCAGGAGGAGGGAAGCCUGAGCCAGAGUCAGAAUCAAAGUCAGAAUCAAAGCCUGAGCCAAAGCCAGAAUCAAGGCCAAGGCCAGUGCGAGGACAUCUGCCUUAAGGCCUGCAUCCGGGGAGACACGCACUACGCCUUUGUGGAGUUUAGAACCCUACAGGAUACAUCCAACUGUAUGUUGCUAAACGGGAUCAAUUUUUAUGGAAAUAACCUGCGCAUCGGUAGACCGAAGACCUUCCCUGCGGAGUUAACGAGUCUCAUUCCAGCACCUACCAUCCCAACUAUCGAUUCAUACUACCUAUCUCAAGGAAUAAUAGGUCUUCAAGCCUUUGCUGUUUUCUUCCAAAAUGAAGAAAAGAUGAAAAAUGCAUACCUACCCAUGAGUAUGAUAAAGUUACAGAAACUAUGCGUUUCGAAUAUCUCCAAAAAUAACGAAAGAGGAAAAAUAAAAGAACUACUCGAAGCCUUUGGUGAAAUAAGAAAUUUUGAGUGCUUCGAAGGAGAUGACUCCACCGAUACGUAUAUUGCUUUGGUAGAAUAUACGACCUCAGAAAAUGCAAUACAAGCACAAAAAAUUUUAAAUCAGAAUACAAGCUAUAAAAUACAGUUUGAGUAUGAGAUUUUGAACGACCCUUUGAUUAACAGACUGAUAAAAAGAAAAUACAUGUCAUCAGAGAAUGGUAUUCUUUCUCAACAGAUACCUACGAGGACUGUUGUUUUGAGCAGAAUUGCGACUUUUGAUGAGCUGUGUGAUCCUAGUGAGUACCGUGAUAUCGUUGAGGACAUUAAGAUCGAGUGUGAGAAGUUUGGUUCUGUUGUGGAGGUUGUGCUGCCUGUUUUUUCGCGUGAAACGUUCGACUUCUUGCUCAGGGAGGCAGCCAAGUGCGCGGCUAAAGAGGACCGCACCCAUCCCAACUACGACCUCACAUCCAUCGGCUGCGCUUUUAUAUACUUCGAAACCAUCGAGGCGGCCACCAAGGCGAGGAAGGAGCUGAGCGGCCGUAAGUUCGGAGCGAAUAUCAUCGAGGCGAACUACUACAGCGAGAAGAAGUUCCUCCUGAAAAACUUCAAAGAUGUAAAGUACAAUUUUAAGAAAACGCACUCGUCCCUUUUUAAUGUUAAUUUGAAGAUGGGCAACCUUACCUACUCGGACUGCUCCGACGAGGGCUGA